AUGGUGGAAAAAAGCGUCAAAUUUGAACAAAAUUAACAAUUUAUGCACAUUUCUUGGUGAAACUGAAAUGGAUAAGAAGACAAAGCGUGUUUGUUACAUCCACAAUGAAGAUAUUUUAGAGAAAUGUGAUAAACUUAUUCGUAUCCAAAACAGAGCAGACAUUGUUCAUUCUUUAAUAAAAGCAUACAAUUUAUUUCAACAUAUGAGCAUAGUUGAACCAAGACAGGCAACUACAGAAGAGUUACUUGGAUUCCAUUCUACAGAUUAUAUUAGUUUCCUUCAGAAUCUUGAUGAUUUAUCUGAUGAUGAGAAAUGUGGAGAGGAAGCAGAAGAAUUUGGUUUAGUUUAUGAUUGUCCAAUACAAGAUGGAGUGUUUGAAUGUGCCUCACUGGUUGGUGGUGGAACUAUUACAGCUGGUGAAAAACUGAUCAAUGAUGAAAGUGAUAUUGCUAUCAAUUGGUAUGGUGGAUGGCAUCAUGCACACAGAGAUAGUGCCUCUGGAUUCUGUUAUAUAAAUGAUGUGGUAUUAGGUAUUUUAAAGUUAAGACAGAAAUUUGAACGUGUUUUAUAUAUAGAUCUAGAUUUACAUCAUGGGGACGGAGUAGAGGAGGCAUUCUGUUGUACAAAUAAAGUUUUAACAGUUUCAUUUCAUAAAUACUCAGCAGGAUUCUUCCCAGGUACAGGUUCUGUUAAUGAUACAGGGUAUAGUAAAGGAAGACAUUAUACUGUUAAUGUACCAUUAUUAGAUGGCUUAAAAGAUGAUGAAUAUAACAAAAUAUUUUAUAGUGUAAUGGUACAAAUUAAAGACUCAUUCCAACCUGAGGCAAUUGUUUGUCAAUGCGGUGCUGAUGGUUUAGAAGGUGAUCCAAUGAAGUCAUUCAAUCUAUCAACACUAUCAUUAGGAAGAUGUGUACAAUAUGUUUUAUCCUGGAAUAAACCAACUAUAUUAUUAGGAGGAGGAGGUUAUAACUAUAUAAACACAGCAAAAUGUUGGGCAUUUUUAACAAGUUUAGCCGUAAAUAAGAAACUAUCACGAGAUAUUCCUGAUCAUGAGUAUUUUUCACAGUAUGGACCUGAUUAUGAGCUAGGUGUAACUGUAGGUAAUAGAUCUGAUAAUAAUAGUCAACAAUAUUUACAUCAUAUUUAUACACAAGUUAUAGAUAAUAUGAAGAAUAUUAAGUUAGAUAGAUGAUGGUAUUAGAUUUUAGAAUUAACUCUCUGAAAGAAGCAUUGGUGUUAAUCAAGUAAAUAAUACAGCCCAAUAUGUGUAUGAAAGUUUGAUGAAAAAAUUAUAUACAUUUUUAUUGCGUAUUCAAUUGUAAUUUUAAACUGUUUUGAAUUGAUUGUUGAAUUAAAUUGUUAAUUUUAUUGUGUAUUUGCUUUCUGAUAAUAUAAGUUAUACACAGUAGUAGCCAAGCCC